AUGGAUAGAGAGUUAAGACAACAGAAUUUAGCUUUAUUAAAAUUAUUAUUACAAGUAACUAACGUAACUUCUAAGGCCUCUGGAGAGUUUUAUUGUUUAACAAAAACGAGUAAUGAAUGUGUAAGAGAUUUAGUUCAACAAAAAUAUAAUAUUAAUGAAAAUAAUCUAAUUCACUUAAAAACAAUUUUUCAACAUUGCAAUGAAAGUUUAAUUCAAAAAAUUAAAGAAAUGGCUCCUAAAUUACUUAUUAAUGAAUUUGAAUUAAUGCUCAAUGCGAUUAAACAAAACAAUGAAGAUGAAGGAUGUGGAUAUUAUAUACAAACACACAUGGAAGAAACAAGUUUAAAAGAAAGUCAAUUUGCAUGUAUUUAUAAAGUAUUUCAUGAAGAGUUUAGUAUUGAUUUGAAAGACUAUAUUAUUGAAAUUGAAAAAGACAGAAGUCAAUAUGAAGAAAUUAUUGAAGAGAAAGAACAAAAGAUAAAAGAAUUAGAAGAAGAAAUUUAUAUUGCUUUAGAUAAUAAUUAUGAUAUGGAACAAAAAUUAAAAGAACAAGAAGAAAUAAUCAAACGAUAUCAAAAUUAUUGUUUUGAUAAACAUGGAAAUCAAAAAGAAUUUAAAACAAGAGACAAUGAAACACUUAAAAUGAAUACUAUUAAAUCACUUAACAAUCAAAUUUUUCAAUUACAAAAAAGUAUUGAAGAAAAAGAAAUAGAAAUAGUAAAACUAAAUAAUCAAAUACAAAAUAAAGAAGAAAAAGUAGAAUAUGAACUAGAUAAUAAUAAUGAAAAUAACUUAAACAUUAAAAAUUUAAACAUAAGAAUCCAAGAGUUAGAAAAUCAAUGUAAUUUAUAUAAUAAACAAAUAAAUGAACUUAAUGAAGAGUUGAAAAAAAAAUUAUUAACUCUUGAUAAUAAAGAAAAGGAAUUAAUAGAAAAAGAAAUUGAACUAGAAACAAAAUUAAGAGAAAUUGAAAUAAAAGAUAUGCAGAUAGGAGAGUUAGAAAAUAAAUUAAAUGAAAAGAUUGAAGAAGAACAAAAUGAUACUACGUUACAAGUUUUAAUUGAAGAAAUAAACUUACAAAUACAAGAAAAAGAACAACAUUUAAAUAUAUUAAAAGAAAGUAUAAAUAAAAAACAAGAAGAAAUUUUACAAUUAAAAGAAGACCUUGUUAAAAAAGAUAAUGAACUAAAAACAGUUAUGGAAGAAUUGAAUAAACAAAGAAUUUUAUUAGAAACAAAAAUAAAUAAUGAAAUUAAUAAAGAACAUCAAAAAAAUGAAAAAAUACAAACUGAAACAGAUAAAAAAACUCCUUCUCAAAAAUUCAUUCCAAUUAAAAUUGUUUCAAAAGAUGAGCAUAUAACAAUAACACCAAAGAUAUCUCUUAAAGACAAAAUAAAAAAAUUUGAACAACUACCUAAUAGUGAAUCUUCUCCAAGUAAAAAAGAAUUAAAAAUUCAAUAUACAAAAAAAUAUUCAUUCGUUUCAAUACCAAAACCGCUCCCUAACUAUACUCAAUACCAACAAACCCAACCAAAAAGAUUAUCAAAUAUGACUGUACAAGAAAAAAUUGCAAUGUUUAAUCAAAAAUAA